AGCCCACGCAAUCCGUCUUCCAGGUGAUGCACGAUUCGGAUGACCCCCUCGAGCAGCUCACACCAUGGGGGCAUGGGAUCACUGGCAUUGGGGAAAGCACCGUCGCCAAAACGGCACCAGCCGUAACUUGCGUGUUACGACUCAGAUAUCAUGGUGCCACCUUCUUUCUCAUGCCUCAGUCCUCGAUUGAGCUCCGCAGCAAUUGCAGCUGCGACACACAACUAUACCCACCUAUUUGCGCGUGUUCACCAUACCAAGACGGCUUGCAACUUCUUCAUCCGGCAAGGCGCUUUGCCAAGCCAUGAGAUCUUCCGUCUUGGCAGCUGUCGAUGUCACCAACUCACUGUGUCCUUCCUCAGCAAGAUUAUCACCUCCCUCUUUCACUUUGAUAUACCACGGCUGUGCAAGGCGUAUCCAGCUGGAGAGGAGGGGGGAAACUGCAAGCCCUUAAGCGACCUCUUUCAGUUGCGUACGGUUCUUGCUUCCGAUGCUUAUAAAAUGGAUGCUUCCAGCUGCACAUACCCUGCCAAGUUUUGAGUCGUCAGUGCCAAGCUUCAAUCUCAUCACCGCAUCAUUAUAUGCGCAUCAGCUUACCAUGAAGUCUUCUCUCAUCUCAGCUGUUGCCCUGGUCCCAUUGGUUUUGGGUGCGACUGUUCCCAAAUCCACCAAGGUCGACUAUACUGGCUUCAAGGGUCUUCGCAUCACCCUCCCCGAAGGCUCCGAGGAUUUGGCCGACCAGAUCAACGAGUUGGCUGUAACGAUAUUGAACCCUGGCGCCAGAGAACAGCUCGAUGUGGUUGUAUCUCCCGACAACGUUGACAUCAUUAGCCAACUGGCUCUGAAUACCACAAUUCUCCUCGAGGAUGUCGGUGCUGCUUUUGCCGAGGAGGAUGUGGCUACGGUGUAUGCUAUCCCUAGCGAAACCUGGUUCACUGCCUACCAUAGCUAUGCGGAUCACUUGACCUUCUUGAGAGACCUUCAGAGCAGCUUCCCCAGCCAAUCUGAACUCACCACAGCGGGAUCGUCUUUCCAAGGACGAGCCCUUACUGGCAUUCAUAUCUGGGGAAGCGGAGGCAAGGGGUCCAAGCCGGCGGUGGUUCUUCACGGCACCGUUCACGCUCGCGAGUGGAUCAGCACGAUGACUACCGAGUACGUGGCUUGGCAACUCUUGACCAAGUAUGCGGCCGACUCUGCUAUCAAGGCCGUUGUCGACAAGUUCGACUGGUACAUCACUCCUGUUGUGAACCCAGACGGCUUUGUUUACACUCAGUCUACUGACCGUCUCUGGCGCAAAAAUCGCCAAACAAACACUGGUAGCUCGUGCGUCGGUCGUGACCCCAACCGCAACUGGCCGUAUAAGUGGGAGCUCACCGGGGGUGCUUCAACUAGCCCCUGCGCCGAGACGUAUAAGGGUGCUGCCGCCGCCGAUACCCCGGAAAUCAAGGGUCUCAAGGCGCAGAUCGACUCUUUGUCUGCCAGCAGGGGUAUUACCCUCUACCUCGACGUCCACUCCUACGGACAGUACAUUCUUUGGCCUUAUGGAUAUGACUGCAACUACGUCGCUCCCGACGACGCUGCGCUGCAAACAAUGGCCCAGCGCGGUGCCACCGCUAUCCGUGGCGUUUCCGGCACAAGCUACACCAUAGGCAACGCUUGCCGUGCUCUUUACGCAACCACUGGCGAUAGCACCGACUACAUUCACGGCGUUGCCAAGUCCAGAUACACGUACACCAUUGAGCUCAGAGAUAGAGGGACCUAUGGCUUUUCUCUUCCUGCAAGUCAAAUCUCGGCUACUGUGAAAGAGACUUGGGCUGGGGUCCUUGCCAUGGCCCAGGCGGCAUAGAGGAGGAACGGCAAGAUCACGGGCCCAAAAACAUGACUUUCGAAUAAGCGGCCCUUCACUCUCCCCAUAUCUCGGAAGGCUCACUCAUUUGUAUACUUUUGGAAGCAUUCCUUUUUAUUGCUCUGCAACCGAUCGAGGGCCGCGUGAUCAUUCUGCUAUUCAAGAAUCGUGCUAAUUCGCUCUUGUGCGUAUGUGCUCACCACUUCUCGGAUUCGCAAAGCCCACAGAUUUGUAUUCUCAUCAGGAAGAAGAUCACUUGCAGGCUUGACGCAUCACAUACUUCACAAGCAGAAACCAUACUAAGAAAACGAGGCCAAUUGAGAUAUGAACAGGGUAUUCCAGCUAUAUACAUCGUACCUUCAGUAGCAAACAACCUAGGCGCACUAAAGAUUGCCCUGAAUCAGUA